AUGGUGCUCAGCCUGAUUGGCCCACUGGACAACAACCGUGUGCAGCGGAUCCUUCUGGUGGCGGCCUACGCCGGCACGAAACUGAAGGUCGUCCCCAUCACCGUCGGCGUGGAGAACGAGUCGGAGGAGUACCGCCGCAACUGCCACCCGCUCGGCCGCGUGCCGACGCUGAAGUCCGAUGAGGGGUACCUUUUCGAGACGAACGCCAUCAUCCGCUACAUCGCCCGCACGGAGCGGCCGUACGGGGCGGACGGCAACGAGCGCUACCCCUCACCGCAGUGCAUGGUGCCGUACAUCCUCUACGGCAAGAGCGUGCAGGAGGCGGCGGAGGUCGACGCAUGGCUUGACUUUGUGCUGACGGAGCUGGAUCCGUACAUAUUCCCGCUUGUCGAGGCGGAGGCGAAGGCGAAGGGUGCCGUGCCACGGCUCGAUGAGGCGGCGCUCGCACGGCUGCAGGAGGGGCUGCAUGGGCUGGAGCAGCGGCUGGUGUUCAAGAAGCAGCUGCUGAAGCUCUUGGCCGGCGGCGGGGGCAUUGGCGGCAGCAGCAACACUGCGCUCAGCGCCCGCACCGGCACGAACGACGAUGUGGAGGAUGGGCUCUCGGAGGAGGACUGCUUCUCGGCUACGCCACGGGAGAGCACGGUGCUGCGCGGCUACCACACGUAUAACAUCAAGACGUGCAUCGAGGUGCCGUCAGAGAGGAGCAGCAGCAGCACGGCUGCCUAUGGUGGCGGCGCAAACGGCAGCAACACCAAUGAGGCCAAUGGCGGGGUGUCGCGGCCGUCGCUACACGCAUCAGCCAUGUCGCCGCGCCUCUCUACACUCACGCCGCGGCGGAGCGCCAACCCGUCAAGCGACAUGCUCUUUCUUGUCGGCGACUCCCUCACCGCGGCAGAUCUCGUGGUUGCCUUCGCCGUGAACUAUGUACUCUCGGCAAAGCGGCUCAACGUGGUGGUGAAGCAGCACUACCCGCAGCUGGUACGCCACCACAGCAGCAUUCUCCGCCUCCCCGUCGCCACAAGUGUGCGCAAGGCGCUGGGCGUGAGCCUCAUUUAG